AUAGAAAUGACGAUCCUUGCCAAAUAUUGUUAUUGUUGGACUGAACAUGGAGGAAGUUAAAGCUGAUACUGAAGAUCCUUUUGAGGCAGUGUUUCUUGCAGAAGACAGAAUAAUGUGUAACUGUUCGCCCAUCCCCGUGUAUGUCCCGGUGGAUCAGACUCUACAAGGAGGGAUAUGCUGAGGGAUUAGCAGUGGGAAAGGAGCAAGGUCGUAACGAUGGUUUCAGUACUGGCCGCAGCACAGGGAGAGAGCUAGGGGAAGAGCUGGGAUACUACUUGGGAUUUACAGAAACCAUUCUGAGCACUGUGGUGAAGGAAGAAAAGAACGAGCGAAAGUUGAGGUUACUGAAUUCUCUACUGGAGUUGGUGAAGGACUUCCAUCAUUUAAACACUUCCUCGGCAGAUUAUCAGCUGAAUCUCACUCGGGUCCGAGCCAAGUUCAGUCAGGUGCUGUCUCUGCUGCAAGUCAGUCAAUCACUACAUCCACACAGACAAAGCUCUUCUCUGAAUUUUUAGUCACUGGACAUUGAGCUAGCUAACUGUUUACAUGUUUACUCAUUGUUUGUUCAUUUGCAUUUAUACUCAACAUAAAUUUCAUACUGUUUUAAAAAGUC